UGGAGGCGAAGACAUAUCAUUUACAACACAUUGUCGCCGUACUUGUUUUUCCUGAUUCCUAUGAGCCACUUUGCUAGCGCAUCGUCUUUGUUUUUCCACACUUCGAGGAUACGUAAGAGCAAAAAAAGAUCAUUUGAACUAAUGUUUUCCUUUUUCUUGUUGUCACUGCACUUUUGUCUCUCCCACACGUCCUACCUUCCACUGACGUGUUUUUUGUUUACCGUCACAUGUGACUCUCUCUGUUUUCGAGAAACCAGGGCGGCAAAACAAGUUUCCUGCGUCCCGCGGGGGGUGUGGAGGAGUUCCCGUGGGGCCACAACACGCAGACUCCUCCUGAUAUCAGAGGAGGCUUUUUGCACAGGAGGAGGCCCGUGGGAUGAGUCACUCAAACUGAAAGCCAGCUGCUAUUUUAAAACGCAAGGAUGGACGAGGAUGGUGGCGAGCCAACGACUUAUGUGUCCACAGUGCGCCUGCUGCUCGGGGGGCGCACACGCAAUCGACCGGAACCGCUCGCCGACGGGACGGGGAUGAGAAACGCUGCGGGAAUCUUCCGUCCAACAGGUGAGAAAUUUCAUCCUCAUGAAUCAAAUUCCAAAAAUGGCGUUGCCAGAACAUUGAGCUGCAAGAAUUCUUCUGGAAGUCAGUCCUGUGGUGCAGAAUUACACAUUAAAGAGACAAACAAAACUUGCAGUCCAGACGCUAUGGAGCUCAAGACAGAAAACACGGAAGCGCCCGGAAAAGACAGUGGACGCAGGACAGAAGCUGAAGCUGAAGCCGGUUCUCCUGUGCACUUUCUGGAGCCACCGGAGCACGUGGCCGUUCGGGUUGGCGAGGAGGCCCGCUUGCAUUGCGACUUCCGCACGUCCUCCGUCCCCGUGGCCUGCUGCUGGAUUUUCAACAGAGGAAAGGCGGUUCUGCCAGACCCGAGGAUGUCUGUCAGUAGCGACGACGCGCACAGCAGCCUGUUGAUCUCAGAGGCUCAACCGGAGGACACGGGUUCUUACACGCUCAUCGCUCGGAACCGAAACGGUUCCAACGAACACACUGUCUCGCUCAGCGUCAUACAUCGUCCCGAUCCGCCCGCGUCUCAUCCGGUGGUCUCCCAGCUGUCUGCCGAGUCCCUCGUCCUCUCCUGGACGGGUCCCAGCUUUGACGGAGGCACGGCCGUGUUGGGUUACAUCGUGGAAGUCCGGCGGCUGGGCGCCGACGCAUCUGGGGACUGGACGGAAAUAGCCGAGCGGUGUAAGAACACCUCAACCCAGGUCAGCUCGGGCCUGGAGCCCUACGGAAAGUACCGCUUCCGAGUCCGGGCCUACCAUGCCGAAGGGGUCAGCGAGCCCAGUCAGGAGUCGGACUGCGUCACAAUGGCAACGAUCAAAGAAAAGAACGACAUGGGACGUUAUGUCAAAGUGGUGAUUGAUACUAAACGGGAGCUGCAGGACCACUACAACAUCCAUGAGAAGCUUGGAGUCGGGAAGUUUGGGGAGGUGUUCCGUCUGUCCCACAAAGAGUCGGGCGAGGUGUACGCAGGGAAGUUCUACCGGGCCAAGAGCUCCAAAGAACGCUCGGCCGCCCGGCGGGAGAUCGAGCUGAUGAACUGCCUCCACCACCCCAAACUGGUCCAGUGUCUGGCGGCCUACGAGGCCCCCACCGAGACGGUCAUGGUCAUGGAGUAUAUCGCAGGCGGGGAGCUUUUCGAGCGCAUCGUAGACGACAACUUUGAGCACACGGAGCCCACCAGCGCCGGCUACAUGCGACAGAUCCUGGAGGGCAUGCUGUACGUGCACAAGCAGAACAUCGUCCACUUGGACCUCAAGCCCGAGAACAUCGUCUGCACCGAUCACACAGGAACGUGCAUCAAGAUUAUCGACUUUGGCCUGGCGAGUAAACUGGAGGAGGGUAAGCCUCUCAUGGUGAUGCACGGAACGCCAGAGUUUGUGGCCCCCGAGGUGAUCAGCUACGAGUCCGUGGGAGUGGAGACGGACAUGUGGAGCAUCGGAGUCAUCUGCUUCAUCUUGCUAAGCGGAGAGUCGCCCUUCCAGGGAAACAGCGAUGCCGAGACGUUCGCUCUCGUCACCGCAGCUCAUUACAACUUCGACCCGGAGAGUUUCGAGGACAUCUCCGACCAAGCCAAGGACUUCAUCAGUGGCCUUCUGAAGAAAGAGCGCAGGAGCAGGUUGUCGUGCAUAGAGGCCCUGGUCCACCCCUGGAUGGCCUCCUUCACAUCUCUGAACCGCAGGCCCACAAAGUCCCUCAGGAAGGAGAAGAUGAGACGCUUCCUGGCCAAGUGCAAGUGGAAGAAAACCGGCAAGGCUGUUCUGGCCCUGCAGCGCAUGUCCAACCUUUACAACAGGCCAGACUCUCCUGGCAGCAACUCGGACGAGCCGAGCUGGAGCCGAGAGGCAGAGGAGGCCAUUCGCUCGCUGGAUAAGCAGCUGCACAGCGAGCCGCGCUUCCGGGAGCCCCUGAGGGACGCCAGCCUCCCCGCGGGAGCCACCGCUCGUCUGGAGUGCCGAGUGGACGGUUACCCUCAUCCGGAAGUGAAAUGGCUCCAAGAUGACAAGCCGAUUCCUGAGUCGACCCGAGUGCAGCUGGAAUACGGCGAAGACGGCCGCUGCUCGCUGGUGUUGGCCGGCGCGGAAGCGUCGGACGCCGGCGUGUACGUGUGCCGGGCCAGCAACCAGCUCGGGGCGGCCUUGUGUUCUGCCCGACUCAAAGUGGACAUGUGAAGCAAAAACGGGAACGGCAGUCCCCACGCACUUAAGUAUUCUUUUUGUGAGCGCAUGCUGUUACAAGGUCAAACGUUUGCAUUAUUCGACACAAGUUGAGAACAUUGUACUUUUAUUUUUUUUGCACAGUCCAUGUUCAAUGUGAAUCUUUAAAUGGCAUUCAUAAUUAAAGGCUACAUUUGAAAGACAAAACACAUAGAGGAGUUGAUGUCAAAUUGGUGCUUCAGUCACUCCAGAGGACAGCUUUUCAAGUAGAUGUUUUCUAUUUGUCUUGAUGUCAAAGUUGCACGUCAGUCACUAUAGUGGGUAAGUACUCAAGUGAGUCUUGGGGUCAAAGUUGCGCAUCAGCGACUAUAGAGGACUGCGAAUGGAAAAAGAUGUUUUCUUUUGUACUCUUGUCAAAUUUGUCCAUCAGUCACUAAAGUUAACUAUUCAAAAGCAGCUCCUUUCAUUGAUGUGCAUAAGUCUUAAUGACAGUUUCAUUUUGAAUAGCUUUCCACUGAUGUGCAUGAGUCUUGUCAAAAUUGCUUAUCAGUGACUACAGUGGACAACUUUUUAAAAGCUUAUGUACAUCAUUCAUUACAGUGGGCGGGUACCCAAAAAGCUGGUAUCUUUUAUAAUCUUGACAUCAAACAUGCAAAUCAGUCACAACAGUGGACAACUAUUCAAAAUGUAUGAUCAAGUCUUUGUGUCACAGUUGCGCAUCAGUCACUACAGUUGACAGCUAUUGAAAAAGAUGUUUUCUGUAAGUGUGAGUCAAUGCUAAAGUUGUAAAUAAGGCACUACAGUGGACAGCGUUUCAAAAGCUGCUUUCACUUUUGUGCAAGUCUUAAUGACAAAGUUGAGCAUCAGUCACUACAGUGGAAAUCCAAUUAAAAACUGUUUUUGUAUCAGGCACUACAGUAGACAAAUAGCUCAAAUACGGCAUUUUCUUCUCUAGUCAGACUUCCGCAUAUAGUAGAAAGCGGCUUUUCAAAAGCUGCCGACUGUCGUGACUGAUGCACAAGAGGUGUUGAAUAUGUUAAAAUGAGAAUUUCUCACAUCUUGAUCAAAUAAAGGCUAUGAUUUGUGGAAAUGCUCCACAGCACAGAAACAAUAAUAAAUGCAUUACAGUGAA